AUGGCUGACGAGAAGCCGAAGGAAGGAGUCAAGACUGAAAACAAUGUCCACAUUAAUUUGAAGGUGGUAGGGCAAGAUGGCUCGGUGGUGCAGUUUAAGAUUAAGAGGCACACACCACUUAGUAAACUAAUGAAAGCCUAUUGUGAACGACAGGGUUUGUCAAUGAGGCAGAUCAGAUUCCGAUUUGAUGGGCAGCCAAUCAAUGAAACAGAUACACCUGCACAGUUGGAGAUGGAGGAUGAAGAUACAAUUGAAGUAUUCCAGCAGCAGACAAGAGGCAUUUACUAA